AUGCCCGACCCGAGGUCCUUCUGCAGGAUGCUCGUCUGCAUCGCGAGCUCGACGACGGCAGAAGGGAGGCAUUUGGGGGUUUCCUGGAUCGAGAGGUUGACCCGGCCCUUCUGGUACCCGAACAGGGUGCCCGUGACCCGGGUACUCGACACCCCGCCCCGAUUCGGCCCGUCGGAGAACCCGCUCAAGAGGAGGAUCGGCAUCCGGCAGGCGGGGGCGCCGAUUAUUGGGAAGAAGCGGAACUCGGAUUGGAAGACACGGACGACCUUGGGCUUGGAUUUCUUGUUCUUGCUGGCCAGCUGGAGAAGGGAGACGGCGGCGACGGCCGGUGGGGAGGUGGCGGUGGGGUCGGAGUUUGGGAAUUGGAGGAGGCGUUGCUGGUGCGCGGCGGCGUUCGGUCACCCAUUAAUUAAUGGACUGCGAUGA